AUGAGGUUUUCUAGCAGGUCGGCAGCAUUAGCUUGCUGCCCUCUGCUGAUACAGGCAGCUCUUGGCAAUGUAUUACCUCGGUAUAUCGAGGACCUCAUCAAGAAACAAUUACCUGCCGAGCCAACUGGGGUUACAACCCUGAAGUCACCAAAGGGAAUGACCAUUCGCUUCAAGGAACCUGGUAAAGAGGGUAUUUGCGAGACGACACCAGGAGUCAACUCAUACUCUGGAUAUGUCGAUCUAGAUUCCAACACACAUAUGUUCUUCUACUUUUUUGAAGCAAGACACAACGCCAACGAGGCUCCAAUCACAUUAUGGCUCAAUGGUGGCCCUGGAUCAGAUUCCAUGAUCGGUCUCUUCGAAGAGCUUGGUCCUUGCAACGUGACCCACGAUUUCAUUACCAAAGUCAAUCCGUAUUCUUGGAGUGAGGAGAGUAAUCUGUUAUUUUUAUCUCAGCCUCUUGGCGUAGGUUUCUCUUACGCGGAUGAGGUCGAGGGCAUCUUUGAUCCAAACACUGGAUUUCCAACACCCAACGUAAAUCCUGACGGACGUUAUGCAAACACAGACCCGUUCAGAUACAGCACCACAGAGCUUGCCGCUAUGGGAACAUGGGAAGUUCUUCAGGCAUUCAUUUCGGCCCUGCCUGUUCUGGAUUCGAAAGUGACAUCACGGUCGUUCAACCUCUGGACCGAGAGCUACGGCGGACACUACGGACCUGGAUUCUUUCAUUACUUUAAAGAGCAGAAUGAAUUGAUCCAAGCCGGCGAGGCCGAGGGCUGUGAGCUGCAACUUCACACACUCGGGAUUAUCAAUGGUCUCAUUUCCACCAAGAUUCAAAUGCCAUACUAUCCCGAGUUUGCCUAUAAGAAUACGUACGGAAUUCAGGCCAUCAACGAGUCGACGUAUGAAUUUGCCAUGACCGCCUUCAAUUUCCCUGAAACCGGUUGCUCUGCCCAGCUCGAUUAUUGUGCCCAGGCCAACCGCAGCGACUGGCAGGGCCAGAAAACGUGUUCCCAAGCCGUAUCCAUCUGCCGCAACCUCGUCGAAGGCCCAUACGAGGUCAUUGCUCCCAACAGCGCCUAUGAUAUUCGUCAAAACAGACUUACCUCUCAAGUUCCACCAAAGUAUUGGUCCGACUGGCUCAAUACUGCCACUGCGCAAAACGCCCUUGGAGUUGAUCUCAACUACACGGGCACAAGCUGGGAAGUUUAUCAAGGUUUCGACUAUACUGGUGACUGGGCGUAUCCGACUCUAUUGGAGGAUCUUCAGGAUUUGUUGAACCAAGAAGUCCGCGUCGCAUUGAUAUAUGGCGAUGCUGAUUAUAUCUGCAACUGGUUCGGCGGCGAGGCCGUCUCGCUCCAGGUCAACUAUACGCACUCGGCGCAGUUCCGCGCGGCAGGGUACGCGCCCUUUGUGGUGGACGGCGUCGAGUACGGUGAGUCCCGGCAAUACGGUAACUUUAGCUUUACGCGCGUCUACAAUGCCGGCCACGAGGUGCCCUACUACCAGCCGCGCGCCUCGCUUGAGCUCUUCCGCCGUGUACUGGCCGACCUGGCUGUCUCUGACGGCAGUGUCCGCGUCACUCCCACGUACGAGAGCGACGGUACCGCCACGGCUACCCAUGCUGAGCUAUUUACCGGCUGGUUUACCGGCCGGCCGGAGAAUAAUGAUAAGUGA